GUGUAAGACGUUUCAACACACGCCAGGGGUGGAAUAUUGUGUUUUGUAUUCAUAUAUCUAAAGCACCGCCCAUUCGGCAGAUUCCAAUGAACACUGCGAAUGAUUGUAAGCUUGUCAGUGAAGGCGGGAGGACGAGAAGGCAAACUUUUGAUGGACGUGAGCGAGCUUUAUUUGCAUCGCCGGAACAACAGCAGUGUCAUUUAUGUUUAUAAACAGCUCAGUGCGGUUAGAAGCUCUCCAAGUUGCUAAGCUAACGUCAACUUUAGAGCCGGUUUCCUUCUGGACUUUUUCAGUGGAAUGGCCCCCAGAAAGCCAAAGGGAACCGUCUAUUUUUGUUUCCUGCGCAGAUGCCAGCCUUCCUUUCGCUGCUCUCCAGCUGCUUGCCCCGCCUGUACGUCUGGUGUCUGCAACCCUGUGGAAGGUGCUGAAGCAGAGGGAUGUGAUGCAGUAUGGGGUUGUGGAGGAGUUCGUGACAUCUGCCUGUGAGGCUGUCCCUGGGUUGCUCACUGUGAGACACCAGGGCAGGCUGACAGUGGGGCUGAGAGCAAGAUUGAUCUUGGAGCUGUGCAGUUCACAGCCAGAUGCUGAGGUGAUUGAGGAACACCUGGAAAGAGUCCGUGUACCUGCUGGAACUUCUUCAAGUAAGGAUGUAAAACUAAUGAGAACAGUGAGAGAUUUCCAUUCUUUGAUUCACACGUUCCUCACAGACCCAGCAAUUAGAGAAAAGUUCUACAAAGAAGUGUUUCCUGUGGAUUAUGGAGCAACGUUUGACCAGGAGCUGGAGAAGCUGCUGUGGGAGUUUUUGGUUCGACUGGACCAGCUGCUUCCUGUUCCCAACCUAGUACAGACUGUAGCGUGGCUCAGUGACGCCCCCCCUGUCCUUGAGGAGUGUGCACAGGCAGCCACGCAGCCCCAGCUCCUGAAGAUUUUACUUCAGCAUGAAACCUGCCUUGGCCACCUGGAGUCAGCAGCGUCACUACCUCCAAAUAUGGGAGACUCCAUCCUGGCUUCACUUUCUCUGCCACCAUCUGGAAGAGUCCCAUCAGAUCAGCCGACAGCAGCCAGGAAGUUGUCAGUGGAUGAAUCUGAGGGCUCUGAGCCAAAAAGCAAACCUUCAUUUAUCGCACCUGUUAUUGGACUAAUAUCGAAUGAAGACGUCCCGGUCUUGAACGCUGGCAUUAAAAGAACACAGAGAAGUGAUGGUCCAGCUGACAAUGCUGGACAUGAGCAGCUGAACUCCAAAUUCACCUCAGUGAAACAGAGGCAAAAAGCCAAAGAUAAAGGAGCGAAAGAAGGGCGAGAGCAGCUGGAGGAGGAGGAGGGAUGCACCCGAAGUCAAAGGAGUGGGGUGAAGCGCAAGAACUCUGACAGAGGAGAAAGCGAUUUGGAGGAGGAAGAAGUUUUAAGUGUAACAACACCAGUGGAAAAGAGACUGAGCGGGCAGACGCAGAGUAAAGGUGACCAGAGGAGGAAGGAAGGCCGAGCAGAAACUAUAAGAAAAGCGAGAUGCAGCAGGGAAGUCCUGGCAGCCCGGAUGAGAAAGCUAGGUGUUAAAACACUAUAUCACCCUGAAGAUCAACACCUCUACUCUGUUUUUGUCGAUUGUCUGAGCAUGGAGCCCAGGGUUGUCAUUGAAGAAAUGUCAACUGCUUCUCUCAGCGCUAGUACGUCAGGGACAGAGGAAACAUCCUCUUACAAGGCACAAAACAAGCAGAGGAGGAAGUCACCGGCCACAGCAUCAACCCAGAGACAGACAAGCAGCCCUCUGUCCUCUGACACAGAGUCUCCCGGCUUACAAGAUAAAGAAAACCAUCCUGCACUACACAGCACAAGAAGCUCUCCCUCUCAGCAGCAGAGUGACACAGAGGUGCUGGCCGGUGCAGAAGGUGACGACUACGUGGCUGAUUCAGAGGAUGAGGCGACGAAGAACUUCAAAGUCAGGCUGUUUAUGAAACGCUACUACAAGACCAAACACGGCACCUACGUGCCCACCCUGAGGGAGUUUUGGAAACCUGCGAUGACCCGGCGCCGCUUAUUGUCUGCUGGACACAAACGGAGGUGAUGAAAUGAUUUUUGUCCUCCACCGGCGA